GUGGGUGAGUUAGUGGGUGAGUAGGGUGAGUUAGUGGGUGAGUAGGGUGAGUUAGUGGGUGAGUUAGUGGGUGGUGUUGGUGACAAUGGCUCAGGUGGGCAGCGCGAAGCAGGCGGCAGACAAGUGCGAGCAGCUGCAAUGCAUGAUCGACAUCAGCCUCGCCAGCCUGGAGGGACUCAGGACCAAGUGCGCCUCCUCCAGCGACCUGGCACGCCACGAGAUCGAGACCCUGGAGGGAAAGCUGGUGUGCUACUUCAGCCAACAGCUGACCUACGCGAGCCGUGUGCCCCGCGAGGAGCGCCGCUCUGGCCCACAAGGCUACCCACGGCUCGGACACUGGCUGCGGCUCGUCGGCCUACAGCUUCCCAUGGCACAGGGAGGAGCGGGCGCGGUGGGUGGCGCCACCGUUGUUGCGUCGCUCGAGGUGCUGCUGGCUAUGAGCGACGCGGAGGUGAGCGACGCCAUGGCGGCCAUGGGAGCCGAAUAUGAAGGGUGCGCUCGCCUGAAUGCAGCUCUGGCCUGCUUACGUCUCGUGCAGAGCUACACAGAUGGCGAGGUACCAGCCGACGAGGUGGUGAUCCGGUGGCCGGACGAGGGGGACGCCGAGUCCCCCAUGGGCAUCGCCGUGACCCCCCCACCGCCGUCGCCGUCGCCCCCAUCACGCUCCCGCCACGUACACAGCAACGGCACCAUGCCCCUCUCUCCCGAGUCGUGCGACGCCGUGCGGAUGCUGGGCCUGGCCAAGGCUGCCGGCGACGCCGCGAAGGGCUCGCGCUCACUGCCCUCCUCCCCGGACCUGGGCCGGCGCGGCAUCGGCAACGCAGGCGCCGCCGGAGCGGCCACACGGCGUGGCCCCCGGCCAUCCACCGGCGGCGCGAGCAGCGGCAACGUCGGCGGCGUAAAUGCCGGCACCAGCAGCACAAGCAUGGUCGGCAGCAUCAGCGGCAGCAACAACCCCAAGGUCCAAUCGGCCGUCACGCCCCCGGCCUCCCGGAGGGCGGCGCUGCCCGCCGCCACGUCAAAGCACCAGCGGAGGCUGGGCUCCGGCUCGGGCUCGGGGCUGGGCCUGGGCGCGCUGGCGCUGUUGCCCAGCCUGCCCACCAUCAGCCGCAGCAAGUCGCACGAGUCGCAGCUGCACAACCGCGUGGACGAGCCUCCGGUUACACCCAAGUCGCCCAAGAAGCGCCCUCCGCUACUGAACCUGCUGCUGGGGGGCAGUGCCGUGAGCUGCGAGAGCCUCCCCCAGCAGCAGCAGCAGCGGUCACCCCUCUCCGGGGGUCACCGGGCAUCCGACCCAGCCCUCGCCACAGCCUCACCACCCGGCGCUCACAUUCACCCCUCCCCCUCCUCCGCGGACUCACUGGGCGUGCCGCGCUGGUCCCCACAGAACCAUCGCCGUGACCUCGUCAACUCCAUCAAGCACAGGUUCACCACCAAGACGUGGUGGCGCUCGGAGGUUUGCAGCGUGUGCGAGCGUGGCAUCAUGUUCGGAGUUCGCUGCAAAAACUGCCAGCUGCAGUGUCACAACAAGUGCAUGAAAAAUGCUCCCUCGUGCCAGAUCCUCAUUUUCCCACCGAACACGCUUGCGUACGAACACAACUCGCUGCCGGCGCGGAUCAAGGCGUCCGGCAACGGCGUGGACCCCGGCGGCGGGGAGACCCCCCCACCGUCGGGGACCGGCCUCUCAGGCACGCGCACCAUCAACUUCCCCUCGCGAGUCAAGGAGCGGGCGCCCAUCCCCUACCAGCAGCCGGUGGCGGGCGGCAGCGCCGCGUCGUCAUGCGCCUCAUCACCCCCAUCGUCCGCCGGCUCCUGUACCCCCAGCUCCACGCCGUGCAACUCCCCGCGCACGGGCCCCGCCAGCAGCUCCUUCAGCUUCCCCGACAUCCCCUCGGGAGCGGACAACACGGCAUCCUCGGAUUUCUCCGUGGCUCUCUCCCCCAACCCGCAGACCGGCGGUGGCGGCAGUGGUGACGGUGUCUCUCCACGCACGCCAACCGCUGACGAAGGCGACUCAUCAGAGAAACUGCACGGUGGGCUGUCAGCGAGCGAGGGCGUGGAGGAGGAGCAGCCGGUGGUGGAGGUGGCGACGUCGCCAAAGCCAGGGGACAUGCCGGACUCCGCCGAGAGCUCCGAGACGGUGGGGGAGCUGAGCUACGUGGCGCGAGGGGGACGCACGCAAACCAGCAUCCUGCUCAAGGAGUGGAACAUCCCGUUCGAACGUGUGGAGCUGGGGGAGCUCAUUGGGCGCGGGCGGUUUGGGGCGGUCCACCGCGGCCGCUGGUACGGGGAGGUGGCGGUGCGCCUCGUCACGGUGGAGGGCCAUGAGCAGCAGCGGCUGCGCCUCUUCAAGCAGGAGGUGCUCACCUACCGGCAGACGCGGCACGAGAACGUCGUGCUGUUCAUGGGCGCCUGCAUGAACCCGCCGCACCUGGCCAUCGUCACCAGCUUCUGCAAAGGCCGGACGUUGUACGCGGUCGUGCGGGAUCCAAAAGUUCCGCUCGACAUCAACAAGACGAACCAGAUCGCUCGCGAGAUCCUCAAGGGUAUGGGUUACCUCCACCACAAGGGCAUCGUGCACAAGGAUCUCAAGUCCAAGAACGUCUUCUAUGACAAUGGCAAGGUCAUCAUCACCGACUUUGGACUCUUCAGCAUUUCCGGCGUCGUUCAAGAUGGCAGGAGCCAUCAGGAGCUGAAGCUGCCCCGGGGAUGGCUGUGUUACCUGGCGCCCGAGAUCAUUCGCCAGCUGGCGCCGGGCACCGACCAGGACCUCCUGCCGUUCUCCAACAACACCGACGUGUUUGCUUUUGGGACCAUAUGGUACGAGCUGCACUGUCGUGAAUGGCCGUACAAGCAGCAGCCGGCAGAGUCCAUUAUCUGGCAGGGGGGCCGUGGGUUGAAGCCACACCUUGACAGCACUGGAAUGGGGAGGGAGGCCCUGGAAAUCCUGACAAGCUGCUGGGCGUUUGAGACCAUCGCUCGGCCGACGUUCCCGCAGCUCAUGGGCCAAAUCGAGAAGCUGCCAAAGCUGAACCGGCGCCACUCGCAGCCUGGGGGAAACUUCUGGCGCGCGGGAGAGUAAGGCUUGGUCUGACGCUGGAGCUGCCUCCUCGCCUCCUCCUCGCCAGCGCCGAGCCAAUCCUCGUCCCCAAGCGACCCAGACUCGGAACCAAAUGCUCGUCUUCUGCCUCCAGUGCGACCAAGCCAAUCCAUUAACCACACCUAUCCACCGCUCAUCUUGUUCUAAACACGGCCUCAUCGUCGUUAUCAUCAUCGUCAGCCACGAUCUACUGCUGGAUGCAGACUUCACCCAAGCCGUCGCCAUCCCUAAAGAUCGCGAUGCCGCAAUCGUGCCUUGCUCCCGUGCAGCAGCUGAAUUGGUGACUCCAUCUCCACGGGGGCCAUUUUCUCGGCCUGCUUUGUUUUUGGCCGCGCUGGCUCCCCGACGUGUCGCCCAGCGAACUGCCGCCGCCGGGCCGCGCCGCAGCUGCGUAGGAGCCGCGGUGCCACGUGCGGUGUUUGUGUGCGCGUCGGGCGAACUCGUGGCCUGUUUCACUGUUGCCGCCACCACUCUAGGCACUAAAGCGCCGCAGCCGGUACGUUUUGUUGUCAGAAUUUACGUCACUCUUAUUUUUAUGUUCCCUUUUUUCAUUUCGCUUGUCGGUGUGGAAAUCAGAUCCCAGUCUCAAUCCCUGCUGACCCUGCACAAUAAUCCCUGAGCCAGAUGCUCCACCGAUAUCUGACCCCACGGUCUCUCUCAUCGCCGAGCCGUGAACACCCACGCGCUGCGACGCCAACGCCAAACCCUGCACGCCUCCUCCCCCCUUCGCCACCACGAACCAUUGCGGAACCUCUUCCUCGUUUCAUCCAGUUGAGGCAGGUGGCUUAGCAGCAGAGCAGGUGGCUCGCAAUUGGAAUGUCGCAAAUUCAAAUUCUGGUUGGUGGCCGCCUUGGCCCAUCGUUUAUUUAUAGGACAACCAACUGUGGUCGUCCUAUGGACAGACUCGCCCCCACCAUAGGACUAUGGAGUUGUCACCAUAGGACUGUAAUUAGGGCCGAACACCACCUCAGUGCUCAUUUGAGCAGGAAGUCAUUUUUGACCUUAUUUUGAGUCUAGUUUAUUUAACCUGCAAGUGAGACAUUGAAGAGACCAGAAUUUGCAAGAGUAACCUGGGUCACCAUCAUGACAAAAGCAACCACGUGCAUCAAAGUACAGCAGUGAAGCAAAUAUACUGUAAUGCUAAAUCAAUCA